AUGCACAGAUUGUAUGAACACAUUGUUACUUUUAUUGAAAAGUUAAAGUUAGUUCAGAAACAGAUGGUUCAGAAAAAAGUAACACAUUGCGCAAAUCUUUCCACAAGACCUGUGGACACAGUGCAGCAUGAAAAGUACAAUGAACUACUUGUCAAACUGAUCGAUGAUUUCCAGCAAAGGUUCCAGGAUUUUAAAAAGCACAAUGACUUUAUGAUAUUGCUAAGUAACCCAUUUAAUGUUGACCCCACUGAUGCUGCUGAUACCAAAUACCAAAUGGAGCUAAUUGAUCUUCAGAAUAACAAUAUUUCCAGAUCUCACAAAUUGAAUUGCAUACUCUUGAUAUUAAAGAGGAAUGAGAGUGAAAAACGUGGAAAUGAGUUGUAA